CAGCUUUCUAUUUCUCUUCCUCUCUUUACCCAUUCAUUCCCACAUUCAUUCUCAUCCUUUUUCAUACACAUUCAUUUUUAUUUUUCCUCCAGCUAAUACAAGAUGGCUCCCACCAAUAGCACUGGUGAUGAGAAGUCGCACGCUGGUGGCAAUAUCCUCAAUGGACAGAACCCUAUCCGAUUUGAUCUAGCCGAUCCCCUGCCACUUUUUAUCGUACAAACCGUCAUCAUCCUAUCGUUAUGCUAUGCGGUCAACCUGUUGAUGUAUCGCUUACGCCAGCCCAAGGUCGUCUCUGAGGUUUUAUCAGGAAUCAUUCUAGGCCCGUCCAUCCUUGGUCAGAUCCCAGGCUUCAAUGACCUGAUCUUCCCUAGUGAAUCUAUUCCUUUUCUCAACCUAGUAUCCAAUCUAGGCCUGGUUUUGUUCCUCUUCUUGGUUGGGUUGGAGCUCGAUCCUAAACUGAUCCUCAAGCGUGCGAAGUAUGCGUUAGGCAUUUCCAUUGCAGGCCUAGUACUCCCUUUUAUCUUCUCCUGCGGCGCAGCUAUUCUACUUUACAGGCAGUUUGAACAACCCACAGAGACAAGGCCAUCUCCUUCAUUUGGAACGUUUUUCUUGGCCAGUGGAAUGGCGAUGAGCUUGACAGCGUUCCCGAUAUUAGCACGUAUCCUUGCAGAAAUGCAGCUGAUGAGCACAACAGUUGGAUUUAUCACCGUCUGCUCAGCAGCAGCAGUAGAUAUAUUUGCCUGGGUCCUUGUUGCCCUAUUAGUCAGUCUGUUCAAUUCAACUACGCCUAUCAUGCCACUCUAUGUUGUGCUAAUGUCCAUCGGAUGGUGUGUUAUCCUUGUUUACAUCGUUCGCCCAAUUUUGAUGUCGUUGGUGCGCCUAACCCAUUCUGAGGAAGAACCAUCACAAAAGAUGAUUGUCAUCACAUUAGUUGUUGUCCUCACAAGCUCAUUCGCCACUCAUAUCAUCGGAGUCCACUCCAUCAUGGGAGGGUUCCUCGUUGGCCUAUUGAUUCCACAUGAUUCCGGCUUUGCAGAAGGCUUGACGCGCCGCAUCGAGGAUCUUGUGGGGGUUUAUUUCUUGCCUAUUUUUUUCGCAUGCUCCGGCUUAAAGACGGAGGUGGGCCUAUUGGAUAACGGCCUUACCUGGGGAUAUGUGAUCAUGGUUACCUUGAUUGCAUUUGUUGGUAAGAUGCUUGGCUGUAUAUCCGCAGCGAAGGUCAAUGGUAUGACAUGGAGAGAAGCGCUUUCGAUUGGGUUUCUGAUGAACUGCAAAGGACUAGUCGAGUACAUCGUCCUUAACCUCGCGCACGACGCUGGUGUGCUUAGCGACAGAGUGUUUGUCAUUAUGAUUGCCAUGUGCCUCUUAUUGACUAUGAUCGCAACCCCUUUAGUCAGCUAUCUGUACCCGGUCUCUUACCAAAAGGCUCUGGAAGCCAAGAGAGAAGCAGAGCGGAAGCUCAAAGGGGUUCGGCAUCAGUCGAUGAAUCUCCUUCAAGUUCCCAAAAGAGAGGCUUCCUAUCCGCUUUAG